AGAUUACAAAUAAUUAAGAGUUUGAGUCUGAAGUAGUUGCGCUAAAUUUCAUUCUUUUUACUCUUUUUCGUGCUGAAACUCAAAGAUGAGUUCUCCAUCGAAGAGGAAUGGUUACAGCUUUGAAUCAAGAGAUACAGUAUCAUGUGUAGAAUUUUCAGCCUUCGAACACUCAUCUUCUCUCAUUGCAUUUGGGGGAGAUCUUCGAGUUAGCAUUGGGACAUGCAGGUUUCAGGAGCAAGACAACUCCCUUACUGGGUGUGACUACCAACAUAUUCGGGACUUCCAUCAUCGUACCAGAGUAAUGAGCAUAGCGUGGAGUCCACAAACAGCAUUGGAUGUCCUACCUCGGUGUAUUAGGUUUUGCACAGCUGGCAUAGAUCAUAAGAUAAGAAUAUUCACAUCUGACCUAAAAGACCAAGACACUGUCAAGGUUAUCCGAGGUCACCAAGACUUCAUCAACUCUCUAACCUUUGAACCCAUCAAAGGAGAAUUGAUCGCGAGUGUAAGCGACGAUCAGACAUGUAGACUCUGGGAUCACGAUGGUCGACAGAGGGCGCUGUUUCCUCUGAAGUCUGCGGGAAUGUCUGUCUGCUGGAACCAGAGUGACCCUAAUAAGCUAAUGGUUGCUGAGAAGGGCGGAACUCUACGCUUCUAUGACCUAGUGAGUGAGCAACCGUUCAUGUCCUUGGAGACCGGUAGACCAGGUCUCAUGUGUGCAGACUGGAGCCUCUGUGAUCCUACCAGGGUUGGGGCUAUCGUCAGUGGAGAGUGGAUGGUGUGGGACAUCACAAGAUCAAGUCAAGCUCAAGAUUCUGAGUUGGCUCACGGCGAAGGAGGCAAAGAGUUCAGAUGGUGCAGAUCUAGCCCUAACCUGUUUGCUACUACAGGGCGUCCCAACAAUGAAGCCAAAGUCUACCACUUAGGGCAUCAUCAGGUCCCUGUCACUGAGAGCCUGCCAGUGUUAGGAGGUUUGUCCUGGCAUGCAUUCUUACCUAUCUGCGCUGUCGGGGGUGACAGGAGGGUCCACUUGUUUCCAGCCGAACCUUGAUCACCAAAUGGUCUCCAAAGACUUCUGGACAAACAGUCAAGGAUCAAGAACUCUCAUUUGGAAGAUCUCCAAUGUCUUUCCCACUUCGGUUGGGCACCAGCAAAAUAUAAGAACCUCAUUAUCAUAAUCUCAUUGGAUAACGAGAAGCAUCAUCAUUGGCGUAAUGAGGAAAAAACUAAAGGAAGCUGAGUUUUCGAGAGGAUGGAAUAUUUUUGAAAAUUUGCGGACAGGCAAGAGUGAGCCCUAAAUCAACAAUUUCUCAGAAGUCUUCAAUGCUCUCAUAUACAUGUAUAGAUUCCCUGUAUGUUAAGUAAACGCAGGUAGAUAUGCUUUUAAUUUAGGUAGAAAUUAUGAUAUUGAGAAAAUAAGUACAUGUACAAUUGUUUACCUAAAACUUCUAUUUUUUGGUGAAUUUUUGGGGUAUCCAGCCUUUACCAAUGCACUAUAAGCCAAUUAUUACCUUUUUGUAAUCAGCAGUGUUUGGUGUCCUAAAGUUGGGAGGAUAGGAUAGCAAUAUGCUUGGAUAGGACCAUACAAUAAUCACAAUUUGUAUAAUGUUCCACACUCUUUUUUUUUCCAUUUUCACUUCACUCCAUGACCUACUCAAUCCAUGAUGAAUUGAGAGCAUGAUAUCAUUCCAUAUGAACAGGGAUUUUACUUCUCAGACUGAUGUCUGAAUUCAAACUUUUUCAACAUAUUUUCGGCCAUGGAAAACAUCUUUUUUAUGUAGGAAAGGGGUCAUUCUAGAUGAUUUUCUGACAUUUUAUCAAGCCUUGAGUGGCAUCCCUGCCUAGAAAUCAGAUGGCCACAUUUUGCCGGCCUUGACCUUGGGCCGAGUCAUGUUUACAAUGUUUAUGAGAGAAACUAUUAUCCAGCAGCCUCACGACUCUUAACAUCUUGGUCUUGACCCUUCCGUGGCUUGCUACUAAGAAUGAACUGCACCACUGGAUGUAGAAAGUGGUGGAUGAGACGGGGGCUGCCAAAUGGUGUUGAAAAGGGGAGGGGGGGGGCUGACCAUGCAAAAUAUUUGAUGGUAAUUUUACGUUUUUGUACACAGUCUGAGAAAAAAGUGGGGGCGGCUUUACCCCCCCUCCCCACAUUCCCUGAGAGUAGGAGGGGUUGGAUGGAGGAGACACCAUGCAAUGUCCGACAUUUUCUCCACAAGUUUGUGUUUGCCUGAUUUGUAUGAACUGACUUACAUGUUUGUUUCUAAGACUGCAUUAUUACGUGGACAAAUUUUAUUUCAUUGCCAUCAUGAAGAUGUAUGCUCAUGUAUUUUCUUUAAUGACUUUUCAAGAUUUAUUUUUCUAUCCAGCAUAGAAAAUGUUUUCUUUAAAUUGUCUGCAGUAGGCGAGGCUUAUCAUUAAAUGAUGUAUGUCAACAAGA